AUGCGCACGGCCACGAUUGAGAUUGGCGGUGUGAAGUUUCGCGAGCAGUGGCUCCUUUCUUCGGUCACUCAGCCGUUGUUCUGUGUUGGAAAGCUGAUGCGCAAGAAUGGUUGGGACAUCAUCCAUGACGACACAAAAGUCCCUUGCCUCACGAGUCCUGAUGGCUCCACCAGAGUGCCGCUGUUCUACAAGAACUACAGCCUGCAUGCGCGAGGUUCCAUCCGAGGUGUGUUUGGGCAAGACAACAUCACCGAGCCGGCAAUAAGAGCGCUCGAGGUGACAGGCCCAUGGCUUGAGUUGAAUGAUGCGUUUCAUGAAGUUGCCCCGCAAGUGUAUGCCCGGCGUGACAACACAGAUUGCUUUCUUGAUUGCGGUGAUGCUCUUGCACACCUUGGAGUGCAGCACCGAACGACGGUCAGGCAAGACAGCCUAGGCUGGAAUGUGGCCGAGUUCAAUCAGGAUGUGACUUUGCUUGAGCAGCCAGAGGCUGAGUUCCAGCCCAGGCGAAUCCACCAGACAAUCACGAUUGGUUCCGUUGGCAAAGUUGACAUAGAUGCUCUCUUCAAUCGCAAGCCCAGGCAUGUUCAGGCUGCGCCAGAUGAUGAUGCCAUGCUUGAUGACGGGCUUCCAGCCCUCCCUGAGGAGUGUGCCGGUGAUGUGGUUGAUCAGGAUGAAGUGCUGGCUGGCAUCGACGAAAUGCUUGGUGCAGAGGCUGAGGCAGCAACCGCUGCUCAGCAGAGCCAGCCAGGGCACAUCGUUGUUGAUGGCGUUGAGCUGCAUGAAGGCUGCAACUUGAAGACAAUCAGAGCUGCUUGCGAGGCUCUGGGCAUAGGCAAGAGUGGAGGUAAAGCUACCCUUCUUGCGAGGAUUGCCAGUCAUCUUGAUAAGCAGCGACUUCUUGAAAAGCACCAAGUUGAGUACGACGCCACAGCCAAACAGCAACAGCCGAGAGAGCAAAGACCAGUCGAAACGCCAACACCAGAACAAGUACGACUACAUUCACUGUCACACAUCCCGUUUGCACCCUGGUGUGAACAUUGCUUGAAAUUCCAGGCGAGAGAGGAUAGGCAUUCCAAAUCGCGUCCCGAGACGCGUGAAUGCAGUGUUUGUUCAUUCGACUAUUGCUUCACAGAGCGGCCCACUGGUGAGCGCGGCCAGAAACUCAUCUGCCUUGUGGCCAAGGACAGCCACACGGGAGCUGCCAUCGCAAUUCCUACCCCGGCCAAAGGGGGAGCAGUGCCUUUUAGAUUCCUCGUCGCAGAACUUUGCAAGUUCAUCAACUUCUGCGGCCAUUCCGAGAUUGCUUUGAGGUCAGAUGGCGAAGCCACGUGUCGUGCUCUGCAGCAAGGGGUGAAGGACUUGAGAACCAAACUGAAGCUUGUUACACACCUCGAGCAAACUGAGAAGGGAAAUCAUCAAGGAAAUCCAGCAGAACAGGCAGUGGACCAGCUACGGCAAUUGACCGGGACUCUCUUGUCGCAGGUCGAGGAAGCAACCGGCAAGCAGGUUGCAACGAUGUCCCCGUUGCAUGGUUGGUGCUGGCGCCACGCUGGAUGGCUGCAGAUGCGCUACUCGCGCACAGGUUGCCCCAGCAGUACGAUGCAAAAUUUCUUGAAAGCCUUCGUGACCAACCGUGGUCACAGGCCAGCUUCCUGGCGGGGCAAAGAUCCGUCUGAUCAGACAGCCGAGGAGGCACCGGCGCCAGAAGUUGUUGAAGAUGAGGGUCCGCAGACCAUGCCGUAUCCGGGGCAUGUGGUACCGGAUGAUACUUUGUUGUCCGACCUUGCGCCGCCGCCACCGUUGCUGCGAACGCCAGAGCCGCCUACUCCUUCCAAUCCCAGUGCCGUGACACCGGCCCACAUGUUGCCCUCCUUGACGCCCGUGCUGCCUGAGACAGCAUCACCCUUGCCAAUGUUGGUCGAGCCGAGUGCAAGCGCUGGCGGGGAUGAACCCACAGCAGCUGGCGGGGAUAGUGCACCAACGGCUGGAAGUUCCGGCGGGGAUAGUGCACCAACGGCUGGAAGUUCCACCGAAGGCCUUCCUUCUAGUGGCACCGUCAGAGCGAGGCCAGCAGAUGCGCCAGCUGAUGCACCCGUGCCAUCACGCACGAAGCGGCUGCGCCUUGAUGCUGUUCAGACAGAUGCAAGCGGCAAUCAUUUGUUUCAUCAGGAUGAAGAUGUCACUCUAGAGGGAGAAGCAGCUGAAGAAUUUCUUGAUUGUGGUGAAUCAGCAGAUGGAGUUGAGUAUGAACCCGAAGCAGCCCCUGAAAUACCUUCUUGCUUGAUCAAACCAUUUUCUGAAAGCGAGCCGGCAUGCAGCCCAGCUGAACUUGAUGAGAUUGACCAAGUGGCAGACCAGUUUGAGUUUGACAGACUUGUGCAGCUCGGAGUCAUGACCGAGGUAGCUGCUAAGCUUGAUGGGCAUCGCAUGCUGACGACCAAGAGCGUCAGAACUUGGCGGCCGAAAGUGCUCGCUGGGCAGAAGGUGUGGCUGCGUAGGUCGAGGCUGGUUGCUCGGGAGUAUGCACAUCUUGAUCCAGAGAGGUCAGGUCUGUUUUGUCCCACGACGAGCCAGAUAAUGUUGCGUGUGAUCCCGGCACUGUUCCUGCGCCGUCGGGAUGCUGGCUGGUCAUUGCUCAGCCUAGAUGUGUCUGAUGCGUUUUUGCAGUGCGAUCAACAGCAUGCAACCUUGACCCGUAUAGGCAAUAAGUGGUUUAAGCUUUUGAGGAUGCUGCCAGGGCAGAGGGAUGGAAGCGUCACGUGGUACAAUGAUUUUACAAGUGAGAUGAAAAGCGCUGUUGGCGUUGAAUUGCUUCCAGAGAGCCCAGCACUGUUUAGACUCCCGGCGUCAGCCGGAGGAGGCUAUGUGCAUGUCGAUGACAUGCUGUGCGGCGGUGUGGCUGCCCUCCUUGGGCGCUUGGGGUCAGCUUUCUGGAGCGUCGGCAUUUGCUUGUGA